AAUCAGUUUGAAUUCUGCCUUCAAGCGCUCUAGAACAAAUCAGCUGGCCCAUUCGAGUCGCCGUACUUUUGUUUACUUGUGCACCUUGUUAUCAUAUCAGCGAACGCGUCUGCUUCACUUUUCAUUUUCACGCCCGAUAGGUCUGCGGGUACUCUCCUCAGCACCCUUUACUCAGAACGCCAGAGCUGCGAGUUCCCAACCCUUUUCAGACCUCCGCCCGACAUGUCCUCCGGCAAGAUCCUCCCCCGUCGCCAGGCGGUGCCAGUCCUCUACACCCGGGGCACCCACUACGAGGUGGGCUUCGACAUGGGCCGCACUUUCGGCUCGAUGAUCAAGAACUUCCUGAUCUUGUCGAAGCCCCUCAACGAGACCUACUUGCCGCUCUACCAGUCCCCCAAAGGCAGGCAGAUCUACAACGAGACCCUGGGCUCGGUCAAGGACAGCUUCCCGCAGUACAUCCGCGAGCUGGAGGGCGUGGCCGACGGCGCGGAGGUGGAGUUCCAUAAGCUGUUUCUACUGCACCUGGAUGAGAUUCUGCCCCAGGCACUGAAGCACCAGCCGCGCAGCAAGAACCAGCCCACCGGCUGCUCCACGAUCAUUGUGAACCAGAAGAACUGCCGCCUGCUGGGCCACACCGAGGACGCCCUGACGGAGACCCUGAACCACUACUACUUCGUGGUGGCCCACAUCCUCAGCGACAAGCCGCAGGGCAAGUACAACGUGAAGGAGGAGCACUUCAUGUCCCUCUGCUACGCCGGCCACCUGCCCGGCUACACGAUGAGCCAGAACCACCACGGCCUGGUCUUCAGCAUCAACACCAUCAGCGCGGAGCUCCUGCGCAGCGGCAAGACCCCUCGCCACUUCAUCACCAGAGCCCUUUUGGCCACCAGCAACGUGGACGACGCCUUUCGGGUGCUCAAGGAUGCGGGAGUGGGAGCGGCGGACGCCUGCUCGGUCAACUUCACCUUCCUGGCAGAUCCCCGCCAGAUGUGCUACAACGUGGAGAUGGCUCCCUCGCCGGAGCGCAAGAACGAGUCCCAUUUGAACGUGAAGGAGGUGCCGCUGGGCGAGCACAACUACCAUGUGAACCAGUUCGACCGCAUCCGGCAGGACCAGGCCAACGACCUGAUGAUCGACUCGAGCAUCUCGCGGAUGCAGACCUUCGGCAGCUACAAGCCGCCGAUGAGCGAGCAGGACGUGCGCCACAUGCUGGGCGACGUCUCCGGCGGCGAGUUCUGCGUCUGGCGGGAGAACAAGAGGUGCGACGAGGUGGUGAAGACCAUAGCCGUGGGCAUCUUCGACCUGACUGCCCGCACCGUCUCCCUCUACUCGGACAACCCCAGCGAGACGGAGCCCCAUUGCCGGCUGCCGCUGCUCUUCAAGUAGAUCUCGGCGCCCUGGACCCACCGCGCUUCUGCUUAACCCUUCUCAAAUGAUCCAUAAGCAUUACGAUCUACAACCCAUCGAACGAUGGUGCUUAACCAUUCUCAAGUGACGAUAUAAUACAAAAGUAUGAUCUAUAAUCCAUCACGUACAGGUAUUGGCAGCUGGAGCUCCUUCGAAACCAUUUUGGUAUUUCUCUUUUAGGGUUUUAUAAAUAUUUUCUAUACGCAAACGAUUUUAGACGAAAUGAAACAUUCUCAGCUACAUUUUUUUAAUGAUUAAAAUUGUUUACUUUUUUAAAGCUAUAAAAUGGAUGUCUAAAUUAAUAUUUUUUGUUAUUUCAACCAUCUUAAUAUUUAUGAAAUGCCCAAUGACUACUGCUUCUAAUUUUUUAUUAUGCAGUGAUGCGUGUGAUCUAUUGUAUCAUACGUCUGCUUUAUUGGCUUUUUCAUAUUUUUCUAUCUUCAACUGCAAAAUAAUCAUGUAAUAUAAAAAAGAGUUUAUUAAAACAUACUCAGUGAAUUUACCACAAAGAUACAUCACGUUUUUUGUAUAUGAGUAUGUAUGAACUUUUUAAAUAUUUUUCGUUGCACCAAAAAUAGUUAAAUUUGUUUUUUUUCUGCUCUAAAAGUAUUAAUCUAAACUAUUAAAAUUCCAAAAGAGGAGUACAUUCGAUUUGUUCGUUUCAGUACUUUGUUAUAUCGAAUGGCUGCCUUUUUAUUUAUGAAAAUUGAAAUUUGUAUACGGAAUCUGACAUAAAUAUCGCUUAUUUGGCGUGUACUAUACAUUAUAUAAAAUUAUUGUUUUUAUUUGCAUAUACAUAUAUGUACGUACAUAAUAUAAAUAAAAACUAUUUUUAUAAAAAUAUAGAA